AUGGCCCACGAUGUCAGGAACCUCGCGGUCGCGCCAGCUGUCGCGCUGCUGUUGGUCGCCGCGCAUCUCAUCAGCUCCGCCGCCGCCUUUCGUAUCAAGCCUCUCGAGCCCCUCUCAGGCGCGGUGCGCAUCAACUGCGGCAGCAGCGAGGCGCUGACUAUCAACGGCCACCAGUGGCGCGCCGAUGCCUUCUACGACGGGGGGAGGCCCUUCCGCAUCCCCCCCACCCCUCCCCUCUCCUCCCCUCGCCUCGCCUCGCCCGUGGAGGCCACCCUGCGCGCCUUCCCCGACGUGAACAGCAACGGCGGCUGCUACACCGUCCCUCUCCCCCGUGACGCGCGCUACCUGGUGCGCGUGGGCGUGGCCUACCGCAACUACGAUGGCGCGCACCGCCCGCCCGCCUUCCACAUGGCCGUCAACGGGCUCAUCCUCAAGACAGUCGUCAUGGCCGCCACGGAGCAGCAGUACCCGCUCUCCGCCUUCUACUCCGAGUUCGUCGCCUUCGCCCGCCAGGGGCGCAUCUCUGUGUGCGUGCUGCCGCUGCUGGGCGUGGUGGCGGCGCCCCCCCAGGUGAACUCGCUCGAGCUGCUGCCCGUUCACGCCCUCGCGUACGAUGCGGCGGUGACUGGCAGGGACGUGGUGGUGGUGCCGCUGCUGCGCCACAACCUGGGCGCCACACGGAUGGUGGGUGGUGGGCCAGAAGGCUGGGCAGGGGGCGGGGUCCCUUGGGUGCAGGAAGGCAGGAUGGGAGCGGGGAGCGCAGUGGGAGGGACAGUGGGGAGGGUGGCGGAGCUGGAAGGUGAAGAGGCUGAAACAGCGAAUGAGGGAGGGGUGGAUGGAGGGAAAGGAGAGGUGGGGCGGGCAGCUGAAUUGAACGAAGGGGGGAGGGGGUUGCUGGAGGAGGUGGAGGGGAAGGAGCACGAGGGUGGAAUGGGUGAGGGGGGAUGGGCGCAGGAGGACACGGCGUACAGGAUGUGGGGGCGCGACUUAGCUCCCGCAUGGGGCGCCGUGCCUGGUAGCAUGGCUGUGCCGUCGGAUGCUGGUAGUGAUGCCAGUGGUGGCAGCAGCAGCAGCAGCGUUGGGUCGAAUGCAACACUGACGGAUGGCAACCAUUGGGUUACCCGUGGACAUCCGUUUAAAGUGGUAACCACCUCCAGUCACAUUGCUGGUGCUGACGUGGCACCGGACUACAUUCCUUCCACGGUGUUCCAGUCAGCGUGGGAGGGAGCAUUGGAGGAGCGGGCAGGCGAUGGGAGAGCGGAAAGUGGGGGCGGGCAGCCUGAGUGGGGGGGCAGGAGAGGAGGAGGGCUGGUGUGCUGGGCCAACAGCACCAGAGGUGGCAGCAGUGGGGGGUCAGAGACGUGCGUGGGGUCGGUGGGGUUCGCAGUGCGAGUGGAUCCGGUGAAUCUGCUGGACGUGCUCUGCCUGCGCCCCUUCUUCGCUGAGCUCGACCCCCUCGUGCGCCCCGGUGACCGGCGCUUCGACAUCCGCCUCGGCGCCAUGAGCGUGCUGGGCGUGCGGCGGGGGCAGGGGGAGGGGGAGGGGGAGGGGGAGGGGGAAGACGAGGAGGCAGGGGGUGAGUGGAAGUGGAAGGAGACGGUGGGGGAAGGGAAAGGGGAGAGGGGGAGAGGAGAUUCGAGAAAGGAGGGAGUGAGAAGGGUGGAAGAGAGAGAAGAGGGGGAGGAGGAGAAAGCAGGGAGUGAGGAUGAUGAGGGCAAGGCAGCAAGCAGAGGCGGCGCCACGGAAGGGAUCAGAGCAACGAGGGUGGAGGCGGGCCGGGAGUCCUCGCAGGGGGGUGGAGGCGCGGUGAGAUGGCAGGGGCGCGGGGAAAGGCUUCAACGGCUGAGCUCUCGCAUGGACAGGGAAAGUGGUGUGGAGGGCGAAGGAGUGGAGGAAGGUAAGGGAGGGCACAUGAUGGACACUGAGAAGGAGAGAGAGGAGGAUGACGGUAGUGGGAGGAGAAAGCUUCUGCAGCAUUGGGAAGGAGCUAGAGAAGGUCGUACAAGGGCGAAUGCGGGGCGUGAGAGUCAGGAGUCGAAGCAGCACUCGUUCAAGGCACGGAGGAGGAAAGGCGAGAGAGCAGAGGAGAGGAGGAGGAGGGUGGGAGUGGAGCACAUAGCCCACACGGGGCUGGACGGGCGGCAGCCGGUGGUGCAUGGCAACGUGGUGCUGGACGCCCUCAAGAGCAUCAGUGAGAGCGGUGAGUUCGACACGGGUGGCGGCGUGGGCACGCCCGUCAACUGGUACCGCUCCUUCCUCGACUUCCGCCUCCAUGACUUCCUCUUUGGCCCGCAGCCACGCCCGUGGAAGCAGGAGCGCCUGCAGCUGCUGCGGUCCAAGCAACCGCAGGUGGUGGGGCACCGGGAGGGGCAGCAUGAGAAGCAGGCGGAAGAGCAGAUGGAGGAGGAGGGGGAGGAUGUGUUUGAUCGGAGCAACCCGCUGUUCGCCCGGGACUGGAGCCGGACAGGCUUUGACAUCCUGGUGGCGGCCAACGGGUCCCACGACCGCGCUGUGGUGGUGCCGGUGUGCUUCAACUUCACGCGCUACGCCGAGCAGUACGGCCCCGACCUGGCGCUGCUGCUCACCCCCAUGCGCGGGUCCAAGAGGCCGCCUCUGCUGGCGGGCGUGGAGGUGGUGGAGAUUGUGAGGACGCCCCCUGCCGGCCACGUGCCCCGCGGCUACCUGCCCAACGACAUAGCAGCCGUGAUAGUGCUGCUCGCCCUCGCCUACAUCGCCCUCAAGCUCGCCCCGCACUGCCGCGCCUCCGCCUCUCAUUUCCCCUCCGCAUACAUCCCCUUCACACGACUCCUCUCAGGACCAGCUAAAGACCAGCACAGCCAAUGA